GGGUUAUCUCUCUUCAUUGGAUUGCAUUAUGUGGCUGAUUCAUUUUUGAUUUCUUAUUGGUCUUUUAAUGGGUUUUUUUUCUUCCACCUACUCUGCUUAAGCUGAGGUAGUAGCUGUACCAUCUGUGGUGUGUAGUGAAAGAGACUGCUGGACUUUAUGCAACGGCCCUUGUUUUUCUUGAUUUUUCAACAUUCUUGUGGUUCUAUUUCAAAUCUUUGAAGAAUGACGCGUGGUACGAACCAAUGAAAUCAUUCUGCAACUUGAGGUUAUGGAUGUCUGCUCAAGUUGGCCACACUAUUUCUGUCUUUUCUAUUUGGUUUUACUAUGAAUCUUUUGUACGGUGGCAUUAGAUAAUCCCCAUGGUCGGAAAGCUUCUUAAUUAUCCUAUUUGACUUACAAGAACAGUGGAGAUUACACGCCUGCAUUUACUUCUUUAAUUCAGAACUGUGUCUUCUUGCUCUGUCUUGUGGAUUCAGUAUUUUCAGAAAUCUGAGGUUUGGUAGAGGAAGAAUGAGAACAAGAAAAGCAAAGCGUCCUGAGGCCUUCUGGCCUUCAAUUGUUAUGAAGAAAUGGCUAAAUAUAAAGCCCAAGGUGCAUGAAUUCAGUGAAGAUGAGGUUGAUACUGAGACAGAAAGUGAGGAUGAUGCAUACUGUCCUAAAGAUGACCAAGAACGCAUGGCUGGGCAUCAGUUUUGCAGAAUGUCUAGGAAUCAAUCUGUACGCCCAAGUCAAGCUUCAGGGACACCUUCCAAGGGUUAUCUGUUGAAUCAUAGGAGAAGGAAAUCAGAAACUCUGCGUGUUCAAUACAUAAAUACAAAGGAUGUCAGGGUGACAAUAGGCACAUGGAAUGUCGCUGGAAGACUUCCAUAUGAGGAUCUUGAUAUUGAAGAGUGGCUUUGUAUGGAAGAACCAGCAGACUUGUACAUUCUUGGUUUCCAAGAGGUGGUCCCUUUAAAUGCUGGGAAUGUAUUGGGGGCAGAGGAUAACAGCCCAAUUCCAAAAUGGGAAUCAAUCAUUCGUAGGACCCUGAAUAAGUCCUCACAACCUGAAACAAAACAUAAAAGUUACAGUUGCCCAUCCUCACCAGUAUUGAGGACAUCUUCUACUGAUGAUGUACUUGCAGAUGAGAUAGGUGCUCCUGAAGUUGAGGUGAUGAGCAGGGAGCCUGCGGCGCUCAAUAAUGUCAGUGGCUUUGGGAUACAAGGUGUAGAAGAAAUAAUCAGUACCCCAAAGAAGUUCCAGGUAAAGAGAACUUACGGCAUUGACAUUAAUGGUAUACUAGAUUGGCCUGAACGCCCAUUAGAUAUGAAGCCCCAAGCUAUCUCUUCCAACAAAGGGUUGCGGAGAGUCUUAAGUAGUUCAGCAAGAAUUGGCUUUGAUUGGAUGGAGAAGCCUCUAGUUUUCACUAAUCAAGAUUUAGAACUGGAUGGUGGAUUGAAACGAGUACACAAUAGCUCAGGGAACCUAGGUUUAAUGUGGACAGAGCAGCAAGAUCGGUCUGAGGUGCUCUCUUUUUCUGAUGACUCUGAAAGUUCGUCUGAAGAUGAUGAAGACUCUCAUUUAGAAGCAGAAAAGGAGCAUUGUGAAAAUGGAGUCAAAACAGCGACUGUGAAGACCCGUGCUAAAUAUGUGCGCAUUGUCAGCAAGCAGAUGGUGGGAAUUUAUGUAUCAGUUUGGGUUCAUAGAAGGUUGAGGAGGCACAUAAAUAACUUGAAGGUUUCGCCAGUGGGAGUUGGUCUCAUGGGCUACAUGGGAAACAAGGGAUCUGUUUCUGUCAGUAUGUCUCUUUUCCAAACACGGCUGUGUUAUGUUUGUUCACAUUUAACAUCUGGUCAGAAGGAGGGAGAUCAACAAAGACGUAACUCUGACGUGUAUGAAAUCUUACGACGUACCCAAUUCUCUUCUGUCUUUGAUGCAGAUCAACCACAGAAUAUUCCAUCUCAUGACCAGAUUUUCUGGUUUGGGGAUUUGAAUUAUCGUCUUAAUAUGUUGGAUGCUGAGGUGAGAAAGCUUGUGGCUAAGAAACAGUGGGAUGAACUUAUCAAUAGUGAUCAGCUAAGCAAAGAACUUCGCAGUGGCCGUGUCUUUGACGGAUGGAAGGAGGGGAUGAUAAACUUCCCACCCACAUACAAAUACGAACUCAACUCAGAUACAUAUGUUGGAGAAAGCCCAGAAAGCCCAAAAGAAGGGGAAAAAAAGAGAUCCCCAGCAUGGUGCGAUCGUAUUCUAUGGUUAGGGAAGGGCAUCAGACAGCUUGUUUACAAAAGUGCUGAAAUAAGGCUUUCAGAUCAUCGUCCUGUUAGCUCAAUCUUCUUGAUUGAUGUUGAAGUCUUUGACCAUCGGAAGCUCCAGAGGGUUUUGAAUUUCAGCAAUGCUGCAGUGCAUCCUGAAGUGUUCAUUGAUGAGUGGGGCGACUAAAAAGUUUGAUAGACAUCAGGGAUAGCUCAAGGGAGAUGAUUGAAAGUCUUGAUGAAGUCUCUUCUGAAAUGGUCUCAAAUUCAACUGGAUCGCCUGCAUGAGUUCUGUUGCUGAGACUACAUGAUAUGCUAAUCAGAUAACAAUGCAAGGUAGCAGUAAAUGUGUCAAGGCAUAUCUAAGAUGCUGCUUGUGGGAUUCAAGUAAUGGAAGGAGUUCAUCUGUGGUUUAAAUGGCUUAGUAUGUCUGGUUUUGCAUGUAUUCAUGAAAAUGCUUUCGUAUAAAUUGGAGAAAAUAAAAUCUCCAUAAAUA